CCGACGGGCGGGCGGGCUGCCCUGAGGAGGCGGGGAGGGGAGGGCUGGGCCGGCCGGCGGGCAGACGACGAUGCCGAACUUCUGCGCGGCCCCCAACUGCACGCGGAAGAGCACGCAGUGGGACCUGGCCUUUUUCAGGUUCCCGCGGGAUCCAGCCAGAUGCCAGAAGUGGGUGGAGAAUUGUAGGAGAGCAGACUUAGAAGAUAAAACACCUGAUCAACUAAAUAAACAUUAUCGAUUGUGUGCCAAACACUUUGAGACUUCUAUGAUCUGUAGAACUAGCCCUUAUAGGACAGUUCUUCGAGAUAAUGCAAUACCAACAAUAUUUGAUCUUACCAGCCAUUUGAAUAAUCCACACAGUAGACACAGAAAACGAAUAAAAGAAUUGAGUGAAGAUGAAAUCAGGACACUGAAACAGAAAAAAAUUGAUGAAACUUCUGAACAGGAACCAAAACAUAAAGAAAUAAACAACAGCAAUGCUCAGAACCCCAGUGCAGAAGAAGGGGGUGAAGAGCAGGAUGGAGACAUUUUACCUUUAACCCUUGAAGAGAAGGAAAAUAAAGAAUACUUAAAAUCUUUAUUUGAAAUUUUGAUUCUUAUGGGAAAACAGAACAUACCUCUGGAUGGACAUGAAGCUGAUGAAAUUCCAGAAGGUCUGUUUACUCCUGAUAACUUUCAAGCACUGCUGGAGUGCCGGAUCAAUUCUGGUGAAGAGGUUCUGAGAAAGCGCUUUGAGACAACAGCAGUUAACACAUUGUUCUGUUCAAAAACACAGCAGAAACAGAUGCUAGAGAUCUGUGAGAGCUGCAUUCGGGAAGAAACCCUCAGGGAAGUGAGAGACUCUCACUUCUUUUCCAUCGUCACUGACGAUGUGGUGGACAUAGCAGGGGAAGAGCACCUGCCUGUGUUGGUGAGGUUUGUUGACGAAGCUCACAACCUGAGAGAGGAAUUUGUGGGCUUCCUGCCUUAUGAAGCUGAUGCAGAAAUUUUGGCUGUGAAAUUUCACACUACGAUAACUGAGAAGUGGGGAUUAAACAUGGAGUACUGUCGUGGCCAGGCUUACAUUGUGUCCAGUGGAUUUUCUUCCAAAAUGAAAGUUGUUGCUUCUAGACUUUUAGAGAAAUAUCCCCAAGCAAUCUACACACUCUGCUCUUCCUGUGCCUUAAAUAUGUGGUUGGCAAAAUCAGUGCCUGUUAUUGGAGUAUCUGUUGUGUUAGGAACAAUUGAGGAAGUUUGUUCUUUUUUCCAUCGAUCACCACAACUGCUUUUAGAGCUUGACAAUGUAAUUUCUGUCCUAUUUCAGAACAAUGACGAAAGGGGCAAAGAACUGAAGGAAAUUUGCCAUUCUCAGUGGACAGGCAGGCAUGAUGCUUUUGAAAUCUUAGUGGACCUCCUACAAGCACUUGUUUUAUGUUUAGAUGGUAUAAAUAGUGACACAAAUGUUAGAUGGAAUAACUGUAUAGCUGGCCGAGCAUUUGUACUCUGUAGUGCAGUAACAGAUUUUGACUUCAUCGUUACCAUUGUUGUUCUUAAAAAUGUUCUAUCUUUUACAAGAGCCUUUGGGAAAAAUCUUCAGGGGCAAACUUCUGAUGUCUUCUUUGCAGCCAGUAGUUUGACUGCAGUGCUGCAUUCACUAAAUGAAGUGAUGGAAAAUAUCGAAGUUUAUCAUGAAUUUUGGUUUGAGGAAGCCACAAAUUUGGCAGCCAAACUUGAUAUUCAGAUGAAACUCCCAGGGAAAUUUCGCAGAGCUCAGCACAGUAACCUGGAAUCUCAGCUAACCUCUGAGAGUUACUAUAAAGAAACUCUAAGUGUUCCAACAGUGGAACACAUUAUUCAGGAACUGAAAGAUAUAUUCUCAGAACAACACCUCAAAGCUCUUAAAUGCUUAUCUCUGGUACCCUCUGUCACGGGACAGCUUAAAUUCAAUACAUCAGAGGAGCAUCAUGCUGACAUGUACAGAAGUGAUUUACCUAAUCCUGACACACUCUCUGCUGAGCUGCAUUGUUGGAGAAUCAAGUGGAAACACAGAGGGAAAGAUAUAGAACUUCCAUCCACUAUUUAUGAAGCCCUUCAUCUGCCAGACAUCAAGUUUUUUCCUAAUGUUUAUGCAUUGCUGAAGGUCCUGUGUAUUCUUCCUGUGAUGAAGGUUGAGAAUGAACGCUAUGAAAAUGGACGAAAGCGUCUCAAAGCAUACCUGAGGAACACUUUGACAGACCAAAGGUCAAGUAACUUGGCUUUGCUUAACAUAAAUUUUGAUAUAAAACACGAUUUGGAUUUAAUGGUGGAUACUUAUAUCAAACUCUAUACAAGUAAGUCAGAGCUUCCUACAGAUAAUUCAGAAACCAUUGAAAAUACCUAAGAGAAUUUUAAAAUAGGCUUUCUCUUAUAUUUGAUAUUUGAAAAAAUCUGUAAGAAAUUUGAAAAUAUCUUACAGAAAAGUUGUAAGG